CAGGACGUUCCCAGCAUCCCCCUCUCCGGUCGUCAUGGCGGGCAGGCAGACAGUCCAAGCCUCGGGCCGGUGGCUGGAGGGCCUUCGGAAGUGGUAUUACAAUGCUGCUGGCUUCAACAAACUGGGGCUCAUGCGUGAUGAUACCAUGUAUGAGGACGAGGACGUGAAGGAGGCCAUCAGGAGGCUGCCCGAGAACCUGUACAACGACAGGAUGUUCCGCAUCAAGAGGGCCCUGGACCUGACCGUGAGGGCGCAGAUCCUGCCCAAGGAGCAGUGGACAAAAUACGAGGAGGAUAAAUUCUACCUUGAGCCAUAUCUGAAAGAGGUUAUUCGGGAAAGAAAAGAGCGAGAGGAAUGGGCCAAGAAGUAAUCACGUGAUCUGCACGCAGCUGUCCUCAAAGAUUUUUAUGAAGUUGGUUAAAACUGAAACGUACAAUCUUGAACUGAUCUGAGCUGCAGAUGGGUACAUGACUUUAAAUAAAUAUCUGUCGUAAUUAUUGAA